AUGGGAGCUUGUUUCAGUAAUCGGAUCAAAACAGAUAUUGCUUCCAGUACUUGGCUAAGUUCGAAAUUCUUGAGUAGAGAUGGGAGUAAGGGAUCGUCGACUACUUCCUUCUCUCAUAUGCCUCGAACAGAAGGCGAGAUCUUGCAAAAUGCUAAUCUGAAGAACUUUAGCCUCAGUGAACUAAAGUCUGCAACUAGGAAUUUCCGGCCUGAUAGUGUGGUUGGUGAAGGUGGAUUUGGUUGUGUUUUCAAAGGCUGGAUCGAUGAAACUUCCUUCGUUCCUUCUAAACCGGGGACCGGGAUUGUCAUUGCAGUGAAAAGACUUAACCUUGAAGGGUUUCAAGGUCAUCGAGAAUGGCUGGCUGAGAUCAAUUAUCUAGGUCAGCUGGAUCAUCCUAACCUUGUGAAACUGAUUGGAUACUGCUUUGAAGAAGAGCACAGACUUCUCGUAUACGAGUUCAUGCCCCGUGGUAGUCUUGAGAAUCACUUAUUCAGAAGAGGAACAUUCUUUCAGCCACUUUCAUGGAACACAAGGGUUCGAAUGGCUCUUGGUGCAGCUAGAGGACUCGCUUUUCUCCACAAUGCUCAACCCCAAGUUAUAUACCGAGACUUUAAAGCAUCCAACAUCUUGCUAGACUCGAACUACAAUGCAAAGCUUUCGGAUUUCGGUUUGGCUAGAGAUGGUCCAAUGGGUGACAAUAGCCAUGUCUCUACAAGAGUCAUGGGAACUCAGGGAUACGCCGCUCCAGAAUAUCUAGCUACAGGUCAUUUAUCGGCAAAGAGCGAUGUGUACAGUUUCGGGGUUGUGUUACUGGAGUUACUAUCAGGAAGACGAGCAAUCGACAAGAACCAACCAGUCGGAGAACACAAUCUAGUGGAGUGGGCAAGACCUUACUUAACAAACAAAAGAAGGCUUCUCCGAGUGAUGGAUCCUCGUCUCCAAGGUCAAUACUCACUAACCCGAGCUUUAAAAAUUGCAAUUCUUGCACUCGAUUGCAUAUCUAUGGAUCCCAAGGUUAGACCUACCAUGAACGACAUCGUGAAGACACUCGAAGAACUUCAUGUCCAAAAGGAAACACCGAAAGAGCAGCAGAAUCCUCAACCCAACAGUGAAAACAACAUCAACAAAUCUCCGCAAGCUGUGAAUUAUCCUAGGCCUUCAAUUAUGUAA